AUGCCCUUCCCUACCACCUCGCUCCCUCCCUCUCCACCGUCUGUCUCUCCUGUGCCUGACAGCCCAAACCGAGCCACCACCGCCCUCGACACCCACCCUGAGCCCUCCCCCGCUGCCGCCGCCGCCUCAGACGUCCGCGACCACCACCCCAUUGCACCUGCCUCUGCUCCCGCCGACCCUCUUUCCCUCUCCUCCUCAGCAGCCAGGAGCGAUCGGCCCCCGCCUUCCUCGUCCUCGUCCUCGUCCCGCUCCAUCAACCACGCCCGCCGCUACACCCUCUCGCGCUUUCCUCUGCUGCGCAAAGGCAGCCGCGAACUAGCCCGCUCGCCCUCCACCUCGUCCGCCUCCAAGAGCCCCGCAGACUCGCUCUUCCACCCGACCGGCGCUCCACGCCCCUCCCAAUCCAUUGCCCGUGCUCCUGAUCUUGCAGCCGCCCGAGAGCCUGCUCCCACCACCCACCGCGACGGCGACGUCAUUGCUCAAGAGGCGACAACCACACUACGCCACCCACAGAGACUGAGAGCACAGAAACCCGACAAGAUGCAUCAAACAAGUUCACGCCUGCUCCGCAUGACGGACGACGAGCGGCCAUACACAAGAGAUUUCAAAGAUCUCUUCGCAACAUUAAUGGUCUCGCUUCCCCUCUCAGCCCACCGAGUGCGCUUUAGGAUGAUCGAUUACACCUUCACAUCAGAUGAAGCAAUCACCAACCUCGGAUCCCUCAAAUUCUCUCAAUCCAACCGCAUGCCAGACCCCAAGGACUCAUCACGUGUCGUUACCACAACCACUACCACCACCUUUUCCAUGGCCAAGGAAAUGGCUCGCUCAGUCUGCCAGAGAUUCCUAGAAGCAAAGUUCAUCGAAUCGGUAGAAGGCAAAACUGACUUCAUGAACAAGAGCUCUGUCUGGCAGCUUACGCCCAAGGGUAUUCACAUUCUCGAGCGAUUCUGCACACGCAAUGGUAUUGCUUCAGCUCAUGUCAGGGCUGUAAUUGAGUCCAACAGAAACCCACGCCAACUCGUCGUCCUGGAGCGCAACACAGAAACGGACAAGCUACAUCACGACGAGCAGACUGUCGAGAUCAUUUUCCGCCGCUUCGUUGGUACCACUGCAAACGAGACUCAGUCAGACUCUGACUCGAUACAUGAGUUCUCAAAGUGCGACAUUGGCGUCAAGCUGGUAAAGCACCGACCAAACUCGCAGCGUCAGUACGAGUACACAUUCAACGGCCGCAAUGCCGCACAGUGGCUGAUGGACUGCUCCACCAUGGUUGAUCCCCGCGAGGCUGUUGAGGUCGGAUCAUUGUUCUUGCAGCUCAAGCUCAUUGCUCCUGUCGAUCCUCGCAACUCUGAUCAACAAUUCCAGCCAUCAAAGCAAGUCCAUUACUACAUCACUAACCACGGUGAGCGUGUAGCAGGAUGGCUCCUCGAGGAGGUACCAUCAGGUGGAGACAUGGCAGUCAAGACGAGAGAUGGUCUUACUCGUGACUCCAACAGCAACCGCACCAACGUCAUCAUCCGCAACCCGUCCUGGCGUCUUCUAUACCGCGAGUUCCUCAAGGAGACCAUGUGCGAGGAGAACCUUUCCUUCUUCCUCGAGGUCCAGCAGUUCAACAAGCAGUACAAGGAUGCCGUCAACGAAAAGGGGGAAAACAAGGUCGAGAUCAUUCGUGAAACACUCGCUGCCGCUUAUGGCUUGUACAAUGCAUUCUUGGCGCCUGGCUCACCUAACGAGCUCAACAUUGACCACAGCCUUCGUACGCAGCUAGCCACUCGCAUGACACGUGCUGUUGGAGAUGAUGCCGCUAUGCUGCAAAGUCUCAACGAAGUUGCCUCGCUUUUUGACAAGGCACAACAAUCCAUUUUCAAGCUGAUGUCCAGUGAUUCGGUACCCAAGUUCAUCAAGCACCCCAAAUAUGCACCUCAGCUACGUGGUCUAGACGCCGCCGCUGCCGCCUCAGCAUAA